GAAAAUACUAGUAUGUACGGCAACACGGCCGAGUCGUAUUUAUGAACGCGACACCAACAAGAAAUGAGUCGGAGUCGGGGAGGCGAACGCGGACUCGUUCAGGCUGUCUCUUGUGUCGGAGGAGAAAGGUGAAAUGCGAUGAGCGUAGAGACAAUGGUUGCGCGAAUUGCGAGAGGCUAGAUCUGCACUGUCCGGGCUAUGGAAACACCUCCAUGAGUCCCCAGUCGGCUGCAUCUGGCACGCCCAACUUGACUGAAGCGGGCACUAAAAGGCAACGCACAAUACAGUCGUGUGAAAGAUGUCGAACGUCGAAAACGAGGUGCUCGGGCGAGCGGCCGUCGUGUGCUCGAUGCUACCAGAAGAAGGUCAGGUGUAUUUACAACGACAAGCCAACCUCCAAACAGGCCAUGCAUGUCGAGUCUCCCAACUUGAUCAUGACAAAACAGUCGACUUCGACCUUGUCCGAGCAAGCGAACGUACAUGCAGCCAGUCAACCCAUGCAGAUCUCGGCCGAAGAGCGAAGCGAUGCACUAGCUUGGCUCUGCUUGUCCCAAUUGCCGUCAACUGAACAGACACGGAUACUUGCCCAGCACUAUUUUGCCAACAUACACCCUCUUCGUUGCUUCGGUUUCAUCCAUAAGCCCUCGUUUAUGCAGAGGCUGGACGAAGGACUUGCCUUCAACGACAAAGAAAACACCCUUCUUUACAUCGUUUGUGCUUUGGGUGCCAAGUUUUAUGCUCUCGAGCACAAUAAGACGGCCAAUUCCUUGACUUCUGAAUCAAUUCGAGCGGCUGGAAAUCAGUGGGCAAACACGGCUAAGCGUAGAGUACUGGACAGCUUUGGGCAGGUAUCAGUCGAGAACUUGAUGGCAGCUGUCCUCCUUCAAGACCAUGAAAUCCGUCAAGGCAACUACGCUUCUGCUUUUAUGUGGACUGGAGUUACUGCUCGAAUGGCGCAUGCUCUUCAAAUCAACCUUGAGUUUUCGACUGACGUGCUCUGCUUGGACUCCUCGGCAUCUCCUCCCGCGACGGUCAAAGAGUCACGGCGGCGCCUGAUGUGGGCGUGUUAUGUGCUUGAUGCUUCAGUCGGCAGUGGUGUGGAUCAAUUGACUCUCCUCCAUGAGCGAGACAUCAAGAUACAGCUACCCUGCGAUGAACGCUACUUCCUCCUCCAGAAGCCAUGCCUCACGGAAACUCUUCUGCCUGGACGUGUCCUCAAUUUCGUACCGCAAAACAUGAUACCUUCGGAGCCUGCUGGCAAUAUGGGUUUGGCUGCAUAUUAUUUACGGCUCAUUGAGGUUCGCAAAAGAGUCGUGAGGUAUGUGAAGCAUCUAGACACUGCAAGCCCACCUUGGAUGGCCGACUCCGAGUUUGCCAUGCUGGAACGUGACCUAAACUCGUGGUAUUCGACCUUACCAGAGAGCCUCCUCUUUACUUCCGCCUCAGUGUAUAUCCGAACCGAUACCGGCGAAUUUGGAGCGUUAUGCAGUCUGCAUGCCACAUACCAUGCCACGAUGAUCGACCUAUAUCGAGUUUUUGUGCCUGCUUUGUACAAGCUCCGAUCCAGUUUCGACUUUCCACCUCAGCAACAUCAAUUCCUCAAUCAGCACCGGCUCUCCCUGUUUGGUCAUUCGAGGAGUCUGGCAGAUAUAGUCAGACAAGCAAUAUCCAGAGAUUCAGUCAAAGCGUUGGCGGACUUCUGGUGGCCAAGUAUUGUAUAUGACUCUUGCCGUCAGCUCGUUUACUACCUCACCCAGUUCUCCAACGACACAGCCGGCAAGGCGGCAUUGGCUGCAGAGGUCACCAGUCUCGUGAAGAGUAAUAUCAAAGCACUCAACCUAAUGAAAGUUUUGUACGCUAUGGCCGAGCCCCUGAGCGUGGCAGCGGAAAGAAUGCUCGCAAAGGCUGGGAUGGCUCGAUUCGAAGGUAGCGUCGUUCCGCGAGACGCUGUCGAUCCUGAGGAACCAGAAAGUCCUAGUGCUCCAGGAACGCCGUCGCAAAGCGCUCCGGACUACGUCCUACAUCCACUGUCGAUCUAUCGGCUGGCUCGCAAAACCAUUUCUGAAAAGCACGCUCCCGAGAAGAUACCUUCGCCGUUGACCAGCACUUUGAGUCCUGUUUCUGUCUCCGCGCGGACCGACGUGACUUCGAAUCCACUGCAUGUCCCCUUAACGUACGAUGGGACCGGGAUGGACCCAUCACAACGACUAAGCUACGAACCACAGCAAGUAAUGUUUGAAGAGAACAUCGCAGGUGGCACGUCCAUUGAGGAAGAGCUUCAACUGAACUACCCACUUGAGAUGACCAGUUUCUGGCAACCAGCUGAGACCCUCGCGGACGGAGCGUACAACUUUGACCCUCCUAGCUGGAUGGGUGAAUUUCCAAACGCCGACACUUGGCUGGAUUCCUGGCCUGGAGCUCCGCGGACUCAAUUCUAG